UUGUAAUCUAAACAAAACAGUAAUAUCGUUAAUGCGCGAAACAAAACAAAACAAAAAAAUGAAACCAACACUAACGUAUUUUUAAUUCCUCUCAAGCGUAGAAACAAAAACAAAAGGCUUUCCUUAUUCGACGAGUAAAUUAAUGAAAACCGUACGCAUUAGUCGAUUACACCAGCAGUAUUUCGGCAUCGUCUAGCGUCAUUCGACGCAACAUGGUGUACGUAACGUACCAUCGUAAUUACAGCAGGCCUACGAAUAAUACGCAAAGUUUUCGCCGAAAAUUGGCGAAUAAUAAGGCGAUAAAGAAGAAAAUCAAAACCAUAUAUCACGUUACAAAAAACGAUCUGGUUGAAACAGCUCACGAAUAUUCUCAAAAUAGUUCUUUACACGGUUUACGUUACGUUGGCAAUAAAGAUUUACACGUCAUCGAAAGGUUGUUUUGGAUCAUAUCAUUCACGUUGGCGAGCUGCGCUUCUGGAUACUUUAUCAACGAUUUGUUGCAAAAAUGGUACGAAAUGCCGGUGAUUAUGUCUCUUUCUGCCAAGUCCACCUCCUUGACGACAAUUCCAUUUCCGGCGAUAACAAUCUGUAACAUGAAUAACGUUAGGAAAACAAUGGCAGAGCAAAUUUUAUCAACAAACGACUCAAUUUUAGAACAAUCCUUACUGGAAGAUUUCUGCGAAGAAGAUACCUUACUGGAGAGUACGAUGGAAGACAACAAUACGAGUUCGUGGCAUCAAGUUCAGAACUUCAUGGUUAAAGUAUCUCAACCCUGUCACGAGAUGAUUGUCUCGUGUAAAUGGCACGGCGAACAGCAGAAUUGUUACGAGAUAUUCAAUUCUGCUCUGACAGACGAAGGAAUGUGCUGCUCGUUUAAUAAAGUCAAGAACGAUCUCAUAUUUCGUAAUCCGAGCCAUUUCUCCGAUGUAAAUAUUACGUUUCCAUUUACGUACGUUGAUUGGACACCAGAACGAGGGUAUCCGAGAGAUACUCCUUUAAAUCAUAUACCUUGGAGACCAUGGGGAGCUGGAAGUCAUCUCGGAUUGACUAUUGUUUUGAACGCUGAACUGGACGAGUAUUAUUGUUCGUCAGAAGCUAGUCAUGGAUUCAAAGCAACUCUUCAUAAUCCGGUCGAGACACCUAAAAUUUCAGCUUUUGGAACAUUACUAAGACCAGGAACAGAAACCCAAGUGAUAAUAUCUCCUAUCAUAAAUCUCGCCUCGCUUCAAUUGACUAAAAUAAACCAGGAUAAAAGGCAAUGUUUCUUUUCUGAUGAAAAAGUUCUACGAUUUUACAGAACUUACACUCAACGAAAUUGUAUUUUAGAAUGCGAAUCGAAUUUCACCUUAUACUUCUGUCAAUGCGUUAUGUAUUAUAUGCCAAAAGAUUCGACGACUCGAAUUUGUGGCAAACAAGACAUACCUUGCGCUAAUCGAGCCAAAUUGGCGAUGGAAACGAAGUUAGGAUGGUUGUAUAUGAACGCGACGAAACGAAAUCACAACACUCAGAAGCCGAAUUGCGGUUGCCUACCGGGUUGCUUUUCCAUAAUAUACGAAAAAAAGGAAUUUUCCAGUGAUAUUUCAUCGAAAUUCAAAGUCAAAGACCCUUUCUACUACAGAAAGAACAUGGCUAUGGUGCAUUUUUUCUUCACAGACGCCCAGUUCACGAGCAUAAUUAAAGGGGAACUUUUCGGUACGACAGAACUACUCUCAGGAACUGGUGGUUUGCUCGGUUUAUUUAUGGGAUUCAGUUUCUUGAGUGUGUUCGAAGCUCUCUACUUCGCUACAUUACGAUUCUGGUGCUCAAUUAGGCAGAAACGAAAGCAUGUCAGUGAAAAGAUAGCUGCAUCGAAAAUUACCCCCAAGACGUUGUAUCCUUUCUAUAAAUAAAAUAUUACAGUGGUUAAAUUACAACAGGAAUGUAUUACAAGAUGGAUAUAGGAUUUGGUGGAGACUCACCGAAAGUUUCGAUACUUCUGUAUUUGGCAACGAUAUGAAAUUAUUAAUUAAUUAUUAAUUACAAAAAGUAUCAAUAAAUUUUUAUCAACUCGU